CCGGUCGGGUUGCGAUGCGUUUUCUGUUCGUUGUUUUCCUUCGCCGCGAGUGGACGUGCUUUCUCUAGCGCUGCUCUCUAGCCAGCCCCCGUUUUAGCCGACGAUCUAGAGUGCUCUGCUCAGUGUUAAUGCGAUAUUGAUGAGCACGUUGCCAUCGCGGGAAGGUGUUUGUGCGAGGUAAGGCGUGACGUUAUAUUGGAGCGGUCUCAAUAGUAGAUCCAAAACAUCAAACAAACAAACAAACAAACAAAAAAAAACAAUACCACUUUGACGCGUGUGAACCGUGUGUGAGUUGGAAAAGUGUGAAAAGAAAAGGGUUGCCAGUGUGAAAUCUGCGGGAAACCGGCAGCCUCAAUCAAGCCUUUCGGUGUGAAAACUCGGGCACAAGAUUACGGCCGCAAGUGCUUCUCGUGAAUCCGUGAAUCCAGCAACCCAGAGAGCAGUCGAUAAGUGAUACGCGUGAACAAUCGAAACAAAAACAAAAAGAAUGGCAUCCCCAACACCGGCUCCCGUGAAGAAAGUGCCGAUUCAUCUGCAGAGUGCGCAAAAUCGGCUGUACAUCAAGCGCGGCCACGUCGUGAACCACGAUGGAAUGCAACAGGCGGACGUGUACAUCGAGGAUGGAACUGUGCGAUACGUUGGUUCCGGUGCGGACUUUGUUGUGCCCGGUGGGUGCCGCACGAUCGAUGCGACCGGCAAGCUGGUCAUGCCCGGCGGUAUCGAUCCGCACACACACUUUCAGCUCGAGUUCGGCGGCACUGUCUCGGUGGAUGAUUUCUACAAGGGCACCAAGGCCGCAGUAGCCGGCGGCACCACAACUAUACUGGACUUUGUACUUCCCAAGAAGGGCGAAUCGCUGCUCGAAGCGUACGAUGCUUGGCGUGCCCGGGCCGACCCGAAGGUGGUGUGUGACUACGGCCUGCACGUCGGCAUUACCUGGUGGUCCAAGUCGGUGCGGGACGAGAUGCGAAUCCUGUGCCAGGAGCGUGGCGUCAACUCGUUCAAAUGCUUCAUGGCGUACAAGGGCCUGUACCAGCUGAACGAUUCCGAGCUGUACGAGGUGUUCGAGACGUGCAAGGAGCUCGGUGCCGUUGCGAUGGUGCACGCGGAAAAUGGGGACAUUAUAGCGAAGAACGUUACCAAACUGCUGACCGAGGGUGUGACCGGACCGGAAGGGCACGAGCUAUCCCGCUCGGAGGAAGUCGAGGCCGAGGCCACCAAUCGCGCCUGCGUUAUUGCGCACCAGGCUCACUGCCCGCUGUAUGUCGUGCAUGUAAUGAGCAAAUCGGCCGGCAUUGAGGUGGCACGCGCUCGACGCCGUUACAACGGCACCGGGAUCUUCGGUGAGACGCUGGCGGCUGCACUCGGUACCGACGGUACGCACUAUUACGACAAAUGCUGGCACCAUGCAGCCGCCCACGUGCUGAGCCCACCGUUGAGACCGGACCCGACCACGCCCGAGUUUCUGAUGAAGCUGUUAGCUCAGGAUGAUCUGCAGACGACCGGCAGUGACAACUGCACGUUCAACCGCAACCAGAAGGAGCUCGGGCUGAAAGACUUCUCCAAAAUCCCGAACGGCGUGAACGGUGUCGAGGACCGCAUGUCGGUGGUGUGGGAAAAGGGCGUCCAGACGGGUUUGAUCGAUCCGCAGCGCUUUGUGGCGAUCACGAGCACGAACGCGGCCAAAAUCUUCAACCUCUACCCGCGCAAGGGCCGCAUUGCGCCCGGGUCCGAUGCCGACCUGCUCAUCUGGGAUCCGAAGGCGGUGCGGACCAUCUCGGCCAGCACGCAUCAUCAGGCCUGUGACUUCAACAUCUUCGAGGGCAUGAAGUGCCACGGCGUGCCGGAGUUUGUGAUCGUGCGGGGCCGCGUGUGCGUCGAGUACGAUCUGAUCCGCGUCGCCGAGGGCCAGGGCUCGUUCCUGGAGACGCCCGUCUACCCGUCGUUCGUGUACGAUGCACUGAACGGUGUGGCCCGCCCGGACGAGGGCCUGGAGGAGAAGCACGCGCGCAACGGCAUCCAGGGGCUGGAGCUGAACGCCAAGUCGGGCCACGAGGUGGACAUCCCGGAUACGUACGCCCUGCCGGAGAAGUACAUCCCGGGGCCGGCGCUGAGCGUGAUCUCGGGCGAUUCGCAGCUGAGCACGCCCCACAGUGCCCGGGGCCAUCGGCCGGACGGCCAGAAGAACAUGCAGGAGUCGACCUUCUCCAUCAGUGAGGAACUGGACAAAUCGGAGGCACGCUCGUGUAUUCGCGUCCGUGCACCGCCCGGCGGCAAGUCGUCCGGAUUUUGGUAAACGUCCCGCCGCGUACAGCAACAACGCGCACACCCAUUCGGAAGAGCCCGGGCGGGGCAGGCAAUGGUAGGCAAAGUUACCUCUCGAAACACUAUCACCUCCAACCCAUCCAAAGAAGAAAAAGAAGAAGCAGUACGCGCGACCGGAAACCUGGGGGAAGCAGCUGGUACGAUCAUAGGGAUAGUUUUCUUGAAAGAGGAGCAGCCGCGACGAAGUAAUCGCUGGCCUCCUGGCCCAAACUCUUCCAUAUCAAAGCGCCCCCCAAAAGGAAAACGUUUUCCCCUAGCGGUUCAGUUCGGUUCCGGUAUCCGGUUCCGAGAGGCGCUGGCCAGAGCAGAAACACAAUCAGCUAAGUAAUUUAACGAUAGAGGUACGACUUCGGACAGCGCCUGUCUGAGAGAGAGAGAGAGAGAGAGAGAGCGUCGGCGAGUUAUAAUACUUUUUUUGCGCGCUAUUUCCUUAAGAGAGGCACACCGGCAAGCUUUGCAAACAUGAAUGUAUCAUCAUUUUAAAUUUAUUUAACUUAA